AUGUCGGCGCCGCGAAGGGCCCCACCGGCUGCUCGCAACGCUGCGGGCCGCCCUGGCGCCGGACCCUCAUCGUCGCGACCCUCGGCGCCGCCGCCCAACCUGGGCCCCAAGGGCAUCGUGGACAAGAGUGGGAGGGUGAGCGAGUUUGCCUCUCCCGAUGACAAGUGCCCGCAGUGCAAGACCGACCGCUACCUCAACCCGCGGCUGCGCCUCCUCGUGAGCCCGUGCUAUCACAAGAUGUGCGAGUCCUGCAUCGACCGCAUAUUCUCUCUCGGACCUGCGCCCUGCCCAGAUUGCGGCAAAAAGGUCUCCAAGAAUCAGUUCACUGCCCAGACCUUUCAGGACCUCGGCGUCGAACGCGAGGUGGCCGUGCGCAAAAACGUCGCCAAGCUCUUCAACCGCCGCGAGGAGGACUUUCCCGACCUGACGGCGUACAACAACUACCUCGAGGAGGUCGAGGAGAUCACGUUUAACCUCAUUCACGAGAUCGACCUGCCAAGGACCCAGGCAAAGCUCGAGCAGUAUCAGGCGGCCCAUCGCUCGGCCAUCGCCAACUCGGCCCAGCAGACGCUGCAGGAAUCGGAGCGGCAGGCAAAGGCCGACGAAGACGCACGCGAGGCCAAGCGCGCCCGUGGUGAGCGGCUGCGUCUCGUCGAGGAGCGGGAGAAAGAGGAGCGAGAGCGAGAGCGCCUCGAGAUCGUCCGCGAGCUCGAACGCGGAGGCGACCCCGACGCCGUCAUGGAAAAGCAAAAGAAGCGACAGCAGGAGCGCGAAGAGCGGCUGCAGCGCGAGGAACGGGAAGAGCGGAGGAGGGAAAAGGAGGCGCAGCAACAGGCUGCCCUGGCGGCGGCGGGCGGGGGUGCCGAUGCGCUCGACCGACGGGCAUGGACCCUCGACAUGAUCCUCGACUACGAAGGACCGCUUGCUACCCUCGACGAUGCCUCGAGCCUCUUCACGGUGCGCAAAGCUCCGACCGCCAUGGGCGGGCUCGAGGGCGUACCGCAGAAGUUGGGCGUGGGCUAUGAGGACCCGUGGCUCAAGCCGGCAUACAUCACCAAGGAGCAGAUCCAGCGCUACCGCGCCGGCGGCUAUGAUUGGCAAGACGGUGUGUGGAGGAGGGAGAUACGGGCUGCCUGCGAGGGCAUCGGCGUCGCGCCCCUUCGAGACGAUGACGGCGACGGCGAGCCAGACAGUGGCGCUCGCUCCGGUCACGGGCCCGUCGAGAUGGAGGUCGAGGCCUGA